CGCUGUCUUCUCUACAGAAACACAAGACAUCACCGGUGCUUAACAAACUUCACCUUUCAUUCCCAGGCUGCAUGUUGCUAACGGCACUCCUGAUGCCGCUGUGUUCUUCUCCAGUAGGAUUAGACACUUCCUGAAUUACAUGUUGUCAACCGUGAGGUGGAUUGUUGCAUCUGAAUACUCUCAUGUUCAGAAAGAACAGUAAGAUGGGAGACUUUAUCAGAACUGGCCACUAAUUAACAGAAAUCGCAGUAACUAUUGCAUAGAGGGAUCUUGUUAAAUCGAAAAGCGGAGUGAUCAGGGUGGCAAAGUGCUAAUUAAGCUCUAAAUGGGGGGGCUGCAUCAACAGAGCACAGGGAUGAUCCUUCGCUGUCUGUUUACAUCGCUGCAGUGCAUUCUGGGAGGUCACCCCACAACCUGGGGCAGGCGUACUGUUCUACUGCUCUGGGAAAAAAGCGUAUUUUUCUCCUGAGAAAAAGAUUACAGUCAUCUUGCAUGGAAUUUCUCAGAGUUUUGGAAAAGAUCUCAAUUAUGUCUCAAAAUCUGCUUAGAUUUGACAAGAUAACAAGGUCUGCUCCUAAAGAGUCUCCUGUGAGGAAAACGUGGCCCCCGUCAUAUACGGUUAAGAUGCCUUCCUCUGGGCUUUAGGGAAUCAGACAGACAACAUGGCUGCCUCUGAUUAAGAGUGUAAGAAAUCCUGUUACACACUUGCAGCUGAACGCCUGAGAAUAUCACCACUCUCAUUAUUGGGCUGGGAUUUAGAGAAGGGCUUGUAGCGUUCCUCAUUGGGAAAAUGUCUACAAACAUCUUUUCAUCCUUUUUUCCUCUAUAUUUUACUCCCUCAGUCAAUUUAGUUUCAUCAGUCUUGUAAAACAAUAAGUAGUCAUGUUUCUUUUCUGCAUGCUGUCGUAUGGUCAAGGUGACUCUUUGCUAAUGCGUGUAAUAACAGAAUGGUGUAGCGGGAAAUGCUUACAGCUGUCUGUAGUGCUCUGCUUCCACAACAAGAUCUUUUAGUUUUCCAACAUGUUGCAUCAUAAAGAACAGACAAAAGGAAUGUUGCAUGCCUGGGAGAUCAGAGAAUACUUGGAGACAAAUUGAACAAAAUAAAGAUACAUGUAUGAGAAGAAUAAAGAAAGUCAGGUUUGGAACAACUUGAGGGUGGAGGGGCAAAGGCUCAGACAGAACAGAGGAAUGAAGACUCAUUUCAUAAGCAGAUAGACAAAAUUCAGGUGGGUCCAGGUGUAUCAGUCCCCCUCAUCUUUCCUCCCCAGGCAGGGAACGUUGCCCCCUUGUAGUGCCUGAACCUCAGCUGAGUCGGGUGGCAGCCUCCCAUUUGUUAAAUGCUACAUGAGGUGACUGGAGCUUCUCUGCCCGUUGCUGAGAGGACAGAUGGAGAGGCCACGGAACGUUCUGGAGAGCCGAUGAACACAAAAGGAGAAUUUUGAAGAAUCUUCAGGCAGCUUUUUUAGACACAACAUGAUCAUGUCUGAAAAAAAGAGAUAUUUACUCACAUUUUUAGACCAGGAUGAUGCAUUUAGGGACUCCAAAAUGUGUGCAACACCGCAGAAAAUGCCCUUUUUUUAAUCAUUACUGAUGGAUAAGGCGGAAAUCAAGCAAAUGAUGAUGCCACAUCCAGCGUUGACAUCAUGUGCCACCUUCAGCUCAGGCAGAGCUGCCAGUGUAAAUGCAGUGGAUGAAAUGCUGUUGAGUGAUCGACACUGAGAAACAUUUCUGGAUGGCAUGAAGGUUUACAUGGCUGCGGUCCAAGAUCAUCGUGCCUGAGACCACACAGAUGGGGAUGAGAUAAAACUUCUCUCCUAUAGAACAAAACAGAAACCGAAGAAGAGCUUCAAAAUGGAGGGAUGGGAAUCAGCGGUGAAAGAGAGGAAGGGACGAGUGCAAAGAAAACAAAGAAACGGAGGAACAACACAGAGAAGAAGGGAAGAAAAAAAGCCAGAGAAAAGAAGGUCCACUAGAUGGAGGUCUGGAAGAGGAAGAGGAGGAGUGCAUAUCAGACGCAAAUGAACUCACUGCUAAAGAGGAGUUUUCCGUGGAGGAAAACUUUUCUGCUGACUUUGAGCCAGACAGCCUCACCUGUGAGGACAUGGAAUACUUCUGCAGCAAAGGGGAAGAGAAUGGCAACAGAGAAAUGGGAGAGUCAGAGAUGGAAACAGAGAGUGAGAAGACCAGACACCCCCCUCUGGAGCCGGAGGAAUGGGACGGUCCACGAGAACUGGAUCUGUUCAACAAAGACGGAGAACGUCGGAUUCACAGCCGGCAGCAGCUUCCUGUAGGAACCACAUGGGGGCCUUUCGAGGGGAAAAUUGAGCUAAACACAGAUGCUCAGAAGACGAAGCCGCACGUCCCACUGGUGCUGAACGCAGGCCCCAGGUGGCUGCUGGAUGUGACUUGGCAGGGAGCAGACGACAACAAGAACAACUGUGUGGUUUACAGCAAAGGUGGUCAGUUGUGGUGCACCACAACCAAGAACAUGAUGGAAGGCGAAGAGCUGGUGGCAUUCGCAGUGGACUUUGACUCUCGAUUGCAGGCGGUCAAUCACAUGUCUCUCAGUGAGGGCAUGUACCCAGCACGCCUCCUGGACACCAUCCAGCUCCUGCCCCAGCAAGCUGCCAUGGCCUCCAUAUUACCUACAGCUAUAGUCAACAAGGACAUCUUCCCCUGUAAAGCAUGUGGGAUAUGGUACAGGAGUGAGAGGAACCUUCAGGCCCACCUGAUGUAUUACUGCAGCGGGCGGCAGAGGGAACCCGAUAAUGUCCCCGAAGAGACUGAUGCCAAUUCCCACCAAACUCCCAGUAUCUGCCCUUUCCCACAAUGCAACAAGAGCUUCAGCAACCCUCGUGCUCUGGAGAUGCACUUGAGCUCACAUAGUGUCAAAAUGGAGGAGUCUCUUCCCCCUGGCACCAGCUUGAAAUGCACAAUCUGCAACUUCACAGCAGAUUCACUCCUUACAUUCCAGCACCACAUCCUUUCACACCUGUCACAGGCAGCCUUCAGAUGCCAUCACUGCCACAUCAGCUUCCAGAACCAUAGGGAACUCCUGCAGCAUCAAGACUUACAUGGACACUCUGGGAAGAUUCACAGAGAGAGCGACAGCGAAAACUCCCCAAGAGGAGGAGAGGAAAGUCUGCAGGUGGCACGAGCAGAAGUGUCAGGCAGGAAGGAUGUAGUCAUGCAAAGUCCCAAAAGCACACCCAACAAGGCCAACAGUCCUGAUGGAGAACUUGAAAGACCUGAGAAAAAACCUACCCUCGGACUGCAGAAGGGGGAAAGUCACCCAGGCAGCAAGGCUAGUUUUUCUUACACCAGAAUCAAGUCGGAACCUUCCAGUCCACGACUAGCCUCCUCUCCUGUCCAGCAUAACAUGGGCCCAACCUUCCCCAUGGGUCCAUUUUUGUCACAGUUUGCAUUCUCCCAGGACAUUUCUGUGGUACCACAAGCAUCUGAGAUUCUAGCAAAAAUGUCAGAGCUUGUGCAUCGCAGGCUACGCCAUGGAGGGAACAGCUACCCUCCUGUCAUCUACAGUCCUCUAAUGCCCAAAGGAGCGACUUGCUUUGAAUGCAACAUCACCUUCAAUAAUCUAGAUAACUACUUAGUUCAUAAGAAGCACUACUGCAACAGUCGCUGGCAGCAUAUGGCAAAGUCCCCAGAUUUCUCUAGUGUUCCGGACAAGGUUUCCGAUGCCAUAAGUCCAAACAGCGGCCACACUUCAGUCGGUAUGCUCCCCGGAUGCCUUCCAUCAGAGACCGACAGUCAUCUCGUGACAACAGCUUGCUUGAAUUCAUCUGUUUUGGAUAUUAUGAAUGCUAGUGGGAAAGUGCCUGAAAAAGACCUCACUGGGCAAGUAAAGAAGGUUACUACACCAACAGGAGUUGAGGAAAGGCUUGGUGGAAAACAGCCUGAGGUGAAGAGUCCCAGCACAUCUUUGGUGGAAAGUGACAACGACCCAAACAAGACUACCUGUGAAGCAUGCAACAUCACCUUCAGCCGGCAUGAAACGUACAUGGUUCACAAGCAGUACUAUUGCGCCACUCGCCACGACCCACCCAUGAAACGCAUGUCUGCGAAGGUGCCUGCCAUGCAGCGGACCAUGAGAACGCGCAAGCGGAGGAAGAUGUAUGAGAUGUGUCUACCUGACCAAGAGCAACGGCAGCCCAUGGGGCCACAGCCGGGAUUCUUGGGUUUGCCUACUCUUGGAAAUCCCUGUACAUCCCAGGAGACAGUUGAAAGUCUAGCCGACCGCUUCCAUCCAAGGUGUGACAUUUUUCCAGGCCUUGUCCCGAAACACUUAGAUGCUUCUCUUACUGUCUCCAAGCCCAUCCUUGCCCCCAAAGGUAACACUAUUGCAGACCCACAGGAACUAGAUGCUCCGAUAGAUCUCAGCAAAAAGUGCUCACCUCUUCCUGACAAGUCGAGCAACUCCCCUAAAAGACUUCUGGACUAUCACGAAUGUACCGUCUGCAAGAUAAGUUUUAACAAAGUGGAGAAUUACCUAGCACAUAAACAGAACUUUUGUCCUGUCACAGCUGCUCAGCAUGGUGAGAUCUGCAAUCUGGAGCAGCCGAUGUUCCAGGGCAUUAAGAGCGAAGGCAAUAAUUCGGAUGACAUAUAUGACAAGAGUUCUGUGAAAUGCGAGAAAAAUGGUGGUAACAAGUUGAUGGUGCAAAACGGCGGUAUAUUCCCACCACACCUCGGGUCGGCACCGGAUCUGAAAGCUUUCAGUGAUGCACAGCUCAUGACCACGAAAGAUGAGAACAAGAACAUGUUUUUGCCUCACUGUCUCUAUCCUGGAGCAAUAAAGAAGGUGAAAGGUACAGAGCAAAUAUCGCCAUAUUUCGGGAUAAAGAGCGGCGACUACAUGGCAGGGAGUCUCGCGAUGCAGGGCGAGGCAGCCGAACAGGAGCAAAACGGCAAUGGCACGGGAGAGACGGGCACAGAACCACCUGCGGCCAAUGGUUGUCCCCAUCCGAGCAAGGAGCCGCUGCCCCUGCUGCCCAAAAACAGGGGCAUGGUGAUUGUCAACGGUGGUCAUAAAGAGGAUCGCCAGACACCAGCAACUCCGCAGCAAGAGAAUCAGCCUCACAACGCCUCAACACCAGAGGAACAAACAUCUCCCACGUGGGGAGCCGAGAACCCUCCUGACCCAAACGAGAAUGUAUCACCCACUUCUAAAUCACCCAUGGAGGAAUCGGCACCUGCCGGAAAAGGCAUAAAUGGGUCAGCGCCGCCAGCAGGCAGUGGGAAGUACUGCCGCCUCUGUGACAUCCAGUUCAAUAACUUGUCAAACUUUAUCACUCACAAGAAGUUUUACUGCUCGUCACAUGCCGCUGAGCAUGUGAAAUGAAAUCAUGCUCUUCUUCCCUUGUUCUCCCCUCUUAUUUUGGGUACACGGUCGUGUCUGAAUUAGUGCAUCAUGCAGUUUUAUAUACUGCUUGUGGACAAUCAAGAGAAGCUUCUUUUUUCGUUAUUUGAAGACUUAAUGCAAAAUGAUGAAAAAAAAAAUCCAAGUGUAAUAUUGGUGCCACUUUCACAUUUUAUUUAUUUUACAAUCAGUAUUAAUAGGAGUAGUGCUCUUAAUUUAAAUUCAAAGAAAGUUUAUAUCAGAGUUGUUUGUAAUGUUAAUGUAUAGUCAUUCUUGUGUAGCAGACAUAUUGUUUACAAUGUAUGUUAGGUUCAAGGAGACAAUAGGCACAGGAUACAAAACUGAAAUGCGUUUUAGACCCAACAAUAGCUACUGGAGCAACUUGUGUAUUCUUAUUUGCUGGUACAGUUUUUUGUAUAUGUCAAAAUGUCACUUGCAGUUUGAUUCUCUUGACUUCAGCCUUAAAACUGUUUGGAGGGAUAACCAGGCAAAACGCUGCAGCUCAUGUUUUGGCAUAUACUAUACACAUGGCUUUGCAUAUACAUGUUGCUGUUUGUCUGUCUUUUUCUUCGACUCAGAAGUGGAUGUUUAAAUGAGGAUGGCAGCAUUCUUGUAUAGUACUUGUAUUUCUGUUUGCUGAUACACCUUGUUCUCCCUUUUUAAAAAUUUGCUCUCAGCGCAAUACUUUGUAAAAAAUAAAAACAAGAAAAAAGGAGGACGGGAACAUUACGGAAAGCAGUAUUAUAAAGGGAGAAAAGCAGCUAUUUCUUACUCCUGGAAAAAAAAAAAAUGAAAUUGUACAAAAAGCAGGUUUAUCGAUGGUGAUUAUUGAUGGGUGGGACGAGACAAGGGAAUACUGUAAAAAUGAUCAUUCCAAUGUCCUUAUGUAAGAAAAUUAUUUCUUAAAAAUGUUGUUGCUAUGCAUGUAUAUGGAUGGAAUAAAAUUCCAGAUCUGUUGGAAAUUUUUA